GUCGAACGAGUUUAGCCGCAGCCGCAGCCUCGGCCUCCCUUCCGCCUCCGUCUCCUCCCAUCUAUCCGGAUCGCCGCGGCCUCCUCCCCGGAUCAGCGCCGCCGUCGGUCGGAGAGCCUCCCCCUUUCCCGCGGCGGCUCGAGGAUGGACGGCGCCGGGGGCGGGGGAGGAGGGCCGCACCCCUCCCGGAGGAGCAUCUCCUCGGCCGCCGGCCCCAGGAGGAGGGGGCCGUCCAUGGAGAACGGCCACGACGCCGCCGCCGCCAGGAGGUCCUCCGCCACCAUCUCCCGCACCACCUCGAUGGUGACUGGGGAGAGAACCGUUAAGAGACUGAGACUGUCCAAGGCACUGACGAUACCGGACCACACCACUGUGUACGAGGCAUGUCGGAGGAUGGCCGCGCGUAGAGUUGAUGCCGUGUUGCUGACGGACUCCAACGCGUUGCUCUGCGGGAUCCUUACUGACAAGGACAUAACCACAAGGGUUAUUGCUCGUGAAUUGAAGCUAGAAGACACACCAGUUUCCAAGGUCAUGACUAGAAACCCUCUCUUUGUUCUCGGGGACACUCUCGCGGUCGAGGCAUUGCAGAAAAUGGUGCAAGGUAAGUUCAGACAUUUACCUGUUGUGGACAAUGGGGAAGUCAUUGCGCUACUGGACAUAGCCAAGUGCCUAUAUGAUGCUAUUGCACGAAUGGAAAGGGCAGCUGAGAAAGGAAGAGCAAUCGCUGCUGCUGUUGAGGGUGUUGAGAAGCAUUGGGGAACAUCUGUAUCUGGUCCCAACACUUUUGUUGAAACUCUUCGUGAACGGAUGUUUAAGCCAUCACUGUCGACAAUUAUAUCUGAGAAUUCAAAAGUGGCUACUGUUGCACCAACUGACACUGUGUUGACUGCAUCAAAAAAGAUGCUUGAACUAAAAGUAAGUUCAGCAGUUGUUGCGAUUGAAAACAAGCCUGGUGGGAUUCUGACCUCGAGAGAUAUAUUGAUGCGUGUCAUAGCCCAAAAUCUUCCACCUGAGUCCACUACAGUCGGGAAGGUUAUGACCCAGAGUCCAGAAUGUGCCACGAUUGACACCCCGAUCCUUGAAGCCCUACACACAAUGCAUGAUGGGAAGUUUCUGCAUUUGCCUGUUCUAGACAGGGAUGGGAGUGUUGUAACCGUUGUUGAUGUCCUUCACAUAACUCAUGCUGCAAUUGCAACGGUCGGAAACAGUGGAGCAACAGGCUCUGAGGCGACUUCUUCCAUGAUGCAGAGGUUCUGGGAUUCAGCAAUGUCAAGUGGGCCUCUUGAUGAUGAUGAUGAUUGCAGAAGCGAAGGAUCAACUAAAGUGGCAUCCGAGGCAGCAGAUAUAGGAAGAUCAGCCUUCUUUCCGCCUUCAGGCUUAUCAAGCACUUUUGGGUUCAAGAUUCAGGACAAACAAGGCAGGAUGCACAGAUUUAACUGUGACACGAGUAGCCUGACUGAAUUGAUAACGUCGAUUCUGCAAAGACUUGGUGAUGACAUUGAUAAAUCGAACCUACCUCAAAUUCUGUACGAAGAUGAUGAUCACGAUAAAGUCAUACUCUCAUCAGACACCGACCUUAUAGCGGCUGUGGACCAUGCAAAGCAAAUCGGUUGGAAGAGCUUGAGGUUGCACUUGGAUUACGCCGGUGUUGGCCGCCGGAAGCGAGGAGCCGUCUCGUCGGACUUUGAGUACGCCGGAAGGGACGCGUGGGCUUCCGCGUACGGCACGGUCGCGGCCGGGGCGGCCCUGGUAGCCGGCCUCGGCGUGAUGGCCUACCUGAAAAGAGCAGGCUAGGCGCGACGAACACGGUUGUCUUAGUGAUACAUACAGGAUGUUACUACAUUGAAAUGAACAGAAUUGGACCUAGAAAAAGGAAAUUUACGAGAGUGGGUGUGCGAUUGAUUCUUGCGAGGAAAAAUGGAAACAUGUAAUAAUGUCACGGCAGCGGAUGGACUGUGGAUCAAAUCUUGGUUGUUGAGUCAGUCCCGAGUCUCCACGGGGUGCCACGGUUGUACACCCUAAACACCAUAUACAUCAUCACCUUUGUACAAUGAAAGCAUAAUUGGCCAUCGGUCUCAGUUGUA